AUGAUUCUACUAAUAGACUCAUAUGACUCAUUCACUAACAACUUAGCCAACCUUAUUAAAGCCACCACAGAAAAAGAAGUAAUUUUAGUACAUAAUGACUCGUUCCAACUAAAUGAAUAUGAAUCCUUUUAUAAUCAGAUUAAGAAUUAUUUUGAUUUCAUAGUAAUAGGGCCAGGACCAGGUCAUCCUGCAAUAAAGGAAGAUGUUGGAAUCAUCAGUUGGCUUUUUCAUAGAAUAGCAAAAGAUACAAAUGGUAUACCAAUUCUUGGGAUCUGUCUUGGGUUCCAAAGUUUAUGUCAUGAGUUUGGAAAUAAAGUUGAAACAGCAGAACACAUUAGACAUGGUCAAAUUUAUGAUAUUUUUCCAGCGGGUGAAAACGACAUUUAUAAGAAUACAGAGAAGUUUCCUAGUGUGAGGUAUCAUUCAUUAUAUGUAGAUGGAACAAAAUUGAACGGUGAGAUCAUUCCUUUGGCUUAUUGUUAUGAACCAGUAGAAGCUGAUCCUGAUAAAGGACAAAUUUUAAUGGCAGCAAAACACAAAUCAUUACCAUUUUAUGGGGUACAAUAUCAUCCUGAAUCCAUAUGUUCGAACAAGGGCAAAGAUUUGUUCAAAAACUUCACAGAAAUUGCAAAUGAAUACAACUCUCGGAAUGGAAGAAAUGUUUCGACCUGUGUCCAAAAUGAGUUUCAAUGGUUUGAUAAACAUGCGUUACAUGAAAGAAGUUUAAUUGAAGAAGCAUCAUCUACUGAACCCACUAAUGUUUUAUUUGAAAAAGUUGAAUUACCAGAAAAUAUAACUGCAGUAGAUGUUUGCGAUCAUUUUGUACGUAUAGGCAAUGGAAAAAUAGAUUUUUCUUUAUUGAAUUCAGCAUCAGUACCAGGUGAAUGGUCAAUUAUUGGGUUUCCUAUCGAAGGGGAAAGUGAAAUUAUAUCACAUUCAGUUGAUGACAUGAAUCAUGUAUAUACAAAUAGUUACAAAUCUAGUGAAAGAAAAAAGUUCAAUGUUGAUGGUCAUGAAGGUGCUUGGAAAUUCAUUGCUCAAAAAAUGUACCUGAAAUAUAUAUCUAGAGACUCAAUCAAGAGGAAGAUAAAUUCAAAUUAUAACAGAGAAUUACCAUUUUUUGGAGGUUAUAUUGGUUUAAUAUCAUAUGAGGAAGGUCAACAUAUAUGCUUUAACAAAUUAAAACCUAUUUGCACUAGUACUACUCCAGACAUAAAAUUAAUGUAUGUUCUGAGAGUCUUGAUACGGGAUCAUUUGACCAAUGAGUGGUUUUUGUUAUCUAUUAAUGAUAAAGACGACAAUUGGGUCAAAGACAUUCAAUCAAAAUUAAAAGAUGUGAAACCGAUUGAUUUAAGUGAAAUUGCCUCAAGUGUUAAAGAUUUAUGCAAAGACAAAGAUAAAGAUUCCAUUAGUUUUGAAUAUCCAUCACAAGAAAUAUACAGACAACAAUUUGAUAAAUGUCAAGAGUAUUUACAUUCUGGAGAUUCUUAUGAAUUAUGUUUGACAACUCAAUCAAAGAUCAAACUUCCAAAAUACGUUACACCUUGGAACAUCUAUAAGGUACUCACGUUAAAAAAGAAUCCAUCACCAUUUUCAUGUUUUGUUGAUUUCGAUGAUUGCUGUCUUAUAUCGUCUUCACCAGAAAGAUUUUUAUCUUGGAAGGAUGAAAGAAAUGGUAAAGGUAAAUUAAUUCAGCUACGACCAAUAAAGGGAACUGUGAAAAAUACUGAAGACGUAAACUUUGAAAAAGCUUCUAAAAUUCUUAAAACUCCGAAAGAAAUGGGUGAGAAUUUAAUGAUUGUUGAUUUAAUACGACAUGAUUUAUUUCAAUUCACAAGUGAUGUUGAGGUUACUCAAUUAAUGGCAGUUGAGGAAUAUAAGACUGUUUUUCAAUUAGUCAGUGUUAUUGAAGGUAAAUUGAAAGAAAAUGAUAAAUAUUUUGGAAUCGAUAUUUUACAUAGAUCAUUACCUCCUGGAUCAAUGACUGGGGCACCAAAGAAAAGGUCCGUUGAAUUGUUACAAGAUAUUGAAAGCAUGCAGCCAAAUAUAAAUGAAGGAGGACGAAGAGGUAUAUAUAGUGGUGUUGUUGGAUAUUGGUCAGUAACAGAUGACUCAGAUUGGAGUGUUAUAAUAAGAUCAGUAUUUCAUUAUAAAGAUGAUAUAGAGAACUCGAAUGAAUUAAAUCUUUGGAGAAUUGGUGCUGGUGGUGCAAUAACUGUUUUGAGUGAUGUCGAUGGGGAAUGGGAUGAAAUGAAUUUGAAAUUGAGUAGUGCUUUACAAGCUUUUAAUUGA